GAGCAGCAGGUGGUGGGUUUCAUGGCGGUGAUAGUGGGUGAGAGGGAGGAAAACAGAUUGUAACUCAGAGAAGGUGGAUUGGCAGUUCAGGCUUAAUUAAAUCACAGGCAAUAGGAACCAAAGUGAAGGUCAUGGAUAACUUCUAUGGGGGUGGGAAGUAAAAUUUGAUCUUUGAUUAUUUUACCCUAAAGGAUGUAGGAGGCAACUAUGGUGGUGAUGGAUAUUCCAUAGAAAUGGCACAAAAGGCAAAAUAAUGUAUGCUGAGCGGGGGGAGGGAGAACGAGAACACAGAACUGCAUUGUGACUCGAUGAAUCUACUAACAAUCUUAGCGUAAAACUGACCAGGAUACCAGGAACAGAAACUAAUUGGAACAAGUAAUUCUGGACAUGGCAAGUCGUGGAGGAGCAGGAAGACCCAAUGGACCAGCUGCCGCUAACAAAAUCUGCCAAUUUAAGCUUGUUCUUCUUGGCGAGUCUGCAGUUGGCAAAUCUAGUUUAGUGCUACGUUUUGUGAAAGGGCAAUUCCAUGAAUAUCAAGAAAGUACUAUUGGUGCUGCCUUCUUAACUCAGACUGUAUGCCUCGAUGACACAACGGUGAAAUUUGAGAUCUGGGACACGGCGGGACAAGAAAGGUAUCACAGCUUGGCCCCAAUGUACUAUCGAGGAGCGCAGGCUGCCAUAGUGGUCUACGAUAUUACAAAUGAUGACACUUUUGCACGAGCCAAGAACUGGGUUAAGGAACUUCAGAGGCAAGCAAGCCCUAACAUAGUAAUAGCUUUAGCAGGGAACAAGGCUGAUCUGGCAAACAAGAGAGCAGUAGAAUUCCAGGAAGCACAGUCUUAUUCAGAUGACAACAGUUUACUAUUCAUGGAGACAUCUGCAAAGACCUCAAUGAAUGUGAAUGAAAUAUUUUUGGCAAUAGCAAAGAAACUGCCCAAGAGUGAGCCUCAGAAUGCAGGACUAAACAGUGCCCGAAGCAGAGGAGUAGAUCUUCAUGAGCCCACCCAACAGACGAAGAGCCAGUGCUGUAGUACCUAGAGCUGUUUCUACUGUGACUCCAUCUCUUAGUAUACACUUCACUGCUGCUUUUGUAAUGGGAGCAAACAGGUGUUAACACAAGACCUUUGUCACUUCCAAACCUCAGAGUGGAAAGCAUAUAGUUGUUUCUAAUACAAGAUAUAUGUCUUCAGACCUUUUUAAAUGCAAAACAUUUUUUCUCAGUUGGUAGAUGCAUGCAUCAUUCAUCAGAAGGCUUGAAAUUUGUUUGCCUUCUGUAGGUACAAACUAAAAUCUCAUGAAACCUUAAAGCCUGCUUAAAUUAGUGUUCAGUUUAAUGCAACUUGCAAACUAUUCUCAUCAAUCUGGCUACCGUCCAGUUGUUAAUUGUAAGCAGUAACAUUCUGCUUAUUGCUCCUUCAAAAGGUAAUUUUAUUAGAUGUACAGUAUAUAUAAUUAAAACCAACUUUAGCUAACAUAAUUGAAAUAUUUAAAAUGUUUUGCUCCAUUAUGAAUUUGGUCUGCAGAGUACAAUUAGGGUGGAAUUGAACUCCAUUUUAGCAGGUCAUUGUGUAAAACCACGCCUUGCACUAACUUUCCUCAUGUAUAUUUUCUCACAUCAUUACUUUGAGAUUACUGGAUCCAUAUGUUGUAUAUAGGGUAUUAUGACUUGGUCUGUAUUUACAUGUACGUUUAUGGGACUGCUCCUGUAGAAAAGCUGCAUUCAAAAAAUCAUAUUAAAACUAAACUAAUUGAAGCAGAUCACAUGAUCUGCUAUAGAGGGUUAUAAGUACUUUAUAAUUAUGAUAUAAAUGACCUAGGGCACUCUAAAAAUGUAUGUAGUAUAAGUAAUGACCAUGUAUUCAAUAUUUUUCAACAACUUACCAAGUGUUUUUGUUAUAGUAAAAUGUUUACAAAUUGAAAUGCAUCAUAUUUGUAGUUAGGUUUGCAGAAAGGUGAAUUAUCAGACAAUAAACCAAUAGCACAAAAAGUUUACAGUGGCUGCAUUAAAGUGAAGUGUUUUGGAGGAGAAAGGCGAAAUGGACUUAACAAUGGUGAGAUAGUUAGUAAAUAAGAUCAACAAAAAGCGUAACCUUUACCUGAUGUAAACUAUUCCUCCUCUGGCUCAAUCCAUGUUAAUGCAGUAUAUCAGAACUAAAAUGUAACCAUUGCAAGUUUUGUAUUUAUUCACCUGUUAGAGAUUAAAGGUCUAAUCAAUUUCCUAAAAUAUACCUGUAAAUAAAUAUAUUCAAAAUGUUGGUGUUAAAUCAUUUUGACAACUUAUGGAUUAGAAUGCAUUAAAUAUCUCAAAACAA